AUGUCAGUUUCACAAGGCCAUCUUCGAGCCACCAUCCUCUAUGAGUGGCGCUGUGGCACAGGAGCGACAGCAACAUUCCACAACAUCAACAGCGCACUAGGGGAGAACACCACUUCCAUCGCCAUCAUCCGUCGCUGGUUCAUUCGCUUCAAAGAAGGAGACACGGGCUUCGAAGACAAGCCUCGGUCUGAACGUCCCCUCGCCAUCGACGACUCCGUCAUUCUCGACACAGUCACGAUGAUUCGGAAGUUCACACCCGCAGCCUUGCGACGAGACAUGGGUGUGCCCAAAUCAAUCGUCGUUGGUCGCCGUCAGGCCCUCGGUUACAUAAGUGCUGACUCGAUGGAUACCUCAUGCCUUGACCGAUAG